AUGGAUCCAGCGCAUGAUAUCACCCAGAAAAUGGAGGGCCUAACCAUCAAGCCAAAAGUCCGAGCCAUUACUCCUUACACCACCAACACCACCAUGGAGUCAACCCACCGAAUUACCCAAGAGAUGGAGGAUAUGAUCCUCAAUCCCAAAGCCCGGGUCGUCACGCCGUUUACGGCUACCACAUCUUCGCACACUCAAAGUGUCGCCAGCCAACAACAACCCCAAUCUUCACCCCCUGCCCCCUUCAUCUUCGCAGCAGGCAACCCAACAGGCGGUUACGCCUACGCCACCAGCCCAACAGGCCUCACUUUCUCGAACCCCAAUGCCGGAAGCAGCAGCGUCGCAGCUCCAAGCAACCACCAGUCCCAGUCCCAAGACUUCGACAUAAAUCACCUCCUCAACUGCGACGACCCCAUCGGGUUUUACAAAUUCAGCCUAUACCACUCCAGCCAGCACCACUCCCCUUCUCACUCCCACUCCCACUCCCACGCCGUCAGUCACUCAGCCAGCAACCGCAUCACCAAAUCCCGCUCUGCUCCCUCCUUACGCAAGCGCUUCCACCAGGCUCGCCAGCCGGCAGGAAUCAUGACUCCCACCAUGGGCACCACAGUGCACAAAACAAUGAUCGAAAAGGUUCCCGGCACCACCAAAGUCAUCUACACCACAACAGCGGAGAAAGAGGCAAAGGAGGAGGAGACGGACAGGAUGACGAUGGCCUUUUUCGGGCAUUGUCUUCGGCGUACCAAAGAGAGAGUGGCUGCGGGAAAAGCUGCUGAAGCCGCGCGUCAGGCGCAGAAGCAGUCUGAGUCGGGAAUGGGAGCUUGUGGAGAGGCUUGGAUGCCGAGGGCGAAGAUUAGUCGUACUUAUGUCAAUGGGGAGGGUGAUGUUGUGGAAGAAAGUUGGGAGAAGACGACUUUUCCGAAAUGGUCGUGGGAGGAGGCAAGUGAUGAUGGGGUAGAUGCUGUGGAGGAGGAAGUUUGGGAGAAAGAUGAGAUGAUGGAGUAA